UAUUUUAAUGGCUGAGGCAAUAAUGACAAUAGAAGAACAUAACAAUAGUAGUAAUAGUGGUACUAAAAAGUUGAAGCAAAAAAGAGUUCCACAAAGAGGAUUAGGUGUUGCACAACUUGAGAAGAUUAGAUUAGAGGAACAACAAAUAAAAGAUGAAAUUUUGCCAUCAGAUUCAAUUGUUACAUCAAAAGAUUCAACUUUUAGGGCUUUAAAAUCAUCAUCAGUUUUGAAAAAUUGUGACUUUAGACUAAAUUCAUCAAAACCAUUUGUUGAUAAUUUGAGUCCAAAAAAGGGUUUGGAAUCUACAAAACAAGUGAAUGUGAGUGAAGGGAAUGAUGAUGAUUGCUCUACAUUGUGUAGUGGAAAGUUUAAUUCUGAGAAAGAUCAUCAAGAUGAGAAGUUGUAUCAUCAUGGUGUUGUUAUUCAAUCCCCGAUUUUCGCCUUGCCACAAUAUCAACAACCUGUUUGUUCUUCAUCAAUGGUGAAUAUCUCAUCAGGGAUAUCAUCAUCAUCUGUUACAAAUUAUCAGAUGGAGCCCCCUUCAAACCAAAGUUAUCAUGGCUAUAAUUAUUUACCUCUAUGGCCAGAUGAAGUGAAGAGGGUUGGCAUAAAAAGACCAUAUACAUUCCCUCCAGAGUUCCCUCCUGUCCCAACAUUUCACUGCAAAUUUCCUCCGCGCUAUGAUGCCCCUAUGUGCACAGCAAAUUCAGACUCAAGAACUUAUCUUAAAAGAGAAGUUCCUUUAAAAUCAAGAACUCUGCCAGAUGCAAAAUCAAGGAAUGUUGUUAGACAAAAUAUAGCUCUCAAUGGAGAUUUUCUCACAUUGGCUCCUCCUACAGCUGUUGGUGCAGUAAAUCAGCAAGUUUUUCCUAAUUUAGCCCCUCAGAAUAUCGAGCUGUUGAAAUUCGAGACUCUACCCUUUCAAGAAGUUCCUGAAGAGCCUAGCACUAGGUCAAGCCUAAACAGAUCAGUUCAACAACGCAUUUACAGAUUCUUCCCACCUCCGAACGUGCAAAUUGGCCAACCAGGAAACCCUCAUGGUGAUGUAGGAGGAAAAGUUGAUCUCAAUCUGAAGCUAUAGAAGUUUAUUCCAUGCCAUA